AUGGCGAUUUCUCCAAAAUCAUCUCUCAUUCUACUUUUGAUUUUAACCAUUUUGACCUCUACAGCUUCGUCCUUCACCGCCGGUAUAGUUUCCGACCUCUACUCUCUCCAAUCCCACUUCCCGUCCGGCGUCAUCCACCUGAACGAUACUCUCAUUCAUCGGAUCUUCAGUUCCGGCGACAGAUCCUUUUAUUUGAUCAUCUUCUUCGAUGCUAUCCCACUCCGUCAUAAACCAGAAUCGAAUCUCAAAUCCAUCAAAGCCGAAUUUGACCUCAUCGCCAAGUCCUUCUUAAUCAACAACCACUCCUCAUCGCUCUCUAAAAUCUUCUUCUGUGAUAUCGAAUUCACUGAAUCCCAAAAGGAAUUCCUCCGAUUUGGUGUACAGUCAUUACCCAACGUUCGGAUCGUCCCCCCUGAUGCCAACGUUUCAAAUUCCGAUUCAAUCCCCAUGGAAGUCGGAGAGUACUCUACUUUAGCCGAAUCCAUGGCGGAAUUUAUCGAAUUCAAAACUGGAAUAACAAUCGGCAAAAUCCACCAUCCCCCAAUUCUUUCAAAAACCCAAUUAGGGUUCUUAAUUACCGGGUUCUUGAUAUGGAUGCCAUUCAUGACAAGAAAAGUAUUAGCAGGCAACACUCUAUUUCAUAAUAAGAGGGUUUGGAUGUUUGGUACUCUGUUUGUUUACUUCUUCAGUGUUUCGGGUUCUAUGUUCAUCUUGAUUCGCAGAAUACCCUUGUUUAUUGUGGAUCGAAAGGAUCCAAAUAAGGCAAUUUUCUUCUAUAAAGGGAACGGGAUGCAGUUCGGUUUUGAGUGUAUAUCUGUUGGCUUUUUGUUCACCAUUGUAGGCCUGUUAUUAGCUUUCAUAACUCGGAUUAUUGUUAAAAUGAAGGAUUCGAUGGUACAGAGGGCAACCAUGAUUAGUGCUCUGAUUGUUUCGUUUUGGGCAGUGAGGGAAGUUGUGAUCUUGAAUCACUGGAAAACUGGGUAUGCUGUUUAUGCUUAUUUGCCUUCAAGUUGGUAUACAUGA